CAAAAGGUCAUAAAUGAAAUAUUUUAAUAAUAUAGUGUCAAACUUCAAUCUCGAGGGGCGAGUCAUCCGUGAAAAGACCCGUAAAUAGCGUCUAGCGGAUCCCAGCUACGAACUUGAGUGACAAGUUGAGCUAGAUUAUUAAUUUACUAUUUUUUUUAAAUAGUGUGUAUUUUUUGACAUUGAAAAAACGGACUUAUGAAAUUCCGAGCACUCGCGUACACCGGACGAGCACACACACACUCGCGCCACCGGGUCACGUCAAACGAGUGUGGAUAGUAAGCUCCCAAUCCAUAUGUUAUCUAAUACAUACUUUAGUUUCUAUGUUUUGUAUGAGUUAUGUGUGCCUCUACCUAUCGGAAAUGAACUGCAAUCCCUCAGCGGUAGGUUCAGUCCUUUAUGCGUGUCAUGCUCCAACUAAGCAUAGAAACCUAGCUUGAGCUGCAGCUUGGAAAUUUGAGGCAACUUAAUUUAGGCCCAAAUCCAAUAGCAAAUCAUAAGCUCAAGAAAUUAUAACAAUUUUAUUUGAAUGCAUAGGUGUAACUAUAUGAUGACAUCAUACCGGCCACCUAGCCGUCUCUCCUGGUCAUCUUUAUUUGAUGGUUUGGACUUCUUACAGGCCCAUCGGCCACAUAUCGCUCCGUCAUCUUUAUUUGAUGACGUGAAGCCCAUUUACAGGCCCAUCGGCCACAUAUCGCUCUGUCAUCUUUAUUUGAUGAAGUGAAGCUCAUUUUCGGGCCCAUCGGCCAUAUAUCGCUCCGUCAUCUUUAUUUGAUGAAGCGAAACUCAUUUUCGGGCCCAUCGGCAAUAUAUCACUCUGUCGUCUUUAUUUGGUGACGUGAAGCUCAUUUACAGGCUCAUCGGGCAUAUAUCGCCUCGUCAUCUUUAUUUGAUGACGCGAAGCUCUUAUGCAGGCCCCUCGGCCGCACCAUCACCCCGUCGUCUUUAUUUGACGACGUGGAGCUCUUAUGCAGGCCCCUCGGCCGCACCAUCGCCCCGUCGUCUUUAUUUGACGACGUGGAGCUCUUAUGCAGGCCCCUCGGCCGCACCAUCGCCCCGUCGUCUUUAUUUGACGACGUGGAGCUCUUAUGCAGGCCCCUAGGCCGCACCAUCGCCUCGUCGUCUUUAUUUGACGACGUGGAGCUCUUAUGCAGGCCCCUCGGCCGCACCAUCACCCCGUCGUCUUUAUUUGACGACGUGGAGCUCUUAUGCAGGCCCCCUGGCUGCACCAUCGCCCCGUCGUCUUUAUUUGACGACGUGGAGCUCUUAUGCAGGCCCCUCGGCCACACCAUCGCCCCGUCAUCUUUAUUUGACGACGUGGAGCUCUUAUGCAGGCCGCUCGGCCGCACACAUCGUCCAAUCGUCUUUAUUUGACGACGUGGAGCUCUAUGCAGGUCCCUCGACCAUACAUCGCCUCGUCGUCCUUAUUCGACAACGUGGAGCUCUCGUACAGGCCUCUCGGCCCAUCGGCCUUACGUUCUGGUCAUCUUUAUUUGAUGAACCAGACAUCAUAUUGUGGACGGUCGCUCGACCCAUCCCUUAGUCAUCUUUAUUUGAUGACUAGGACUACUGAUCAUGAUGAGCUACCCACAUCUAGAGAUCGGCCUCGACCAUCCAGCAGACGGGCACCGUUGCAGCUCCAUCUCCAGGCCGAAGGGUCCGCACCUUUUGUUUCAUUUUGGGGGCAUCCGGUGUACUCUUUUUCCCUCAUUAGGAUUUUUUCCCACAGGGUUUUUCCUAAUGAGGUUUUUAACGAGGCAUCUCCCCAUCGUGGAUCAAAAGGUGUCAACCCUCGGCCCCCUGUUGAAGACAUCAUCCGACACACAUUACUCUACUCCACUUCACCUCAUUACACUCGCCUCAAGGAGUGGGGGACUGGAAGAGCGGGGGACUUAGCGCCUCCGUUAACCAAAGAAGCAAAAAUUCAAAUUUUUGUUCAUGAAGUUUACUCACCAGACGGCGACAGAUCAGCACACAGUUCUACUCUCUUUCACCUCGAAUACUCUCGACUCAGAGAGUGGGGGACUCCUGAUAGAGUAUAUAGACUCGGACCCCCGGGUCUCACGACUAUUGGGCCCGGACAGCGGCCCACACACAUCUUACGAAUAUCAUUUGUAUUAUUGUACUGCUUAUAUGUCAUUUGUAUGUAACUAUGUACUAGAUUAGUCUUUUAUGUAGUUGGGCUACCAGGCCCAUAUUAGCGGCCUGACCCAUUAUUUCCCUAUUUAUACUCCUCUUGGAGCCAUUUGUAACCCUAGAAUCAUUAUCACACAAACAAUACCACUAUUCAUUCAUCUUCUCCACAUUCUUGAGCUCAAAU